AUGGCUGCGGUGGUGCCGUUGCUGAAGCCACGAAAGCCUGCGACAUCGCUGUCCUCCUACAGGCCUGUCGCCCUUACCUCUGCAGCAUGCAAGGUCAUGGAGAAGAUGGCCCUGGCACGGCUUGAAUGGAUAGCUGCCCGGCGGGAGUACUUUUCAGAGCAGCAAUCUGGCUUCAGACACAAGCGCUCAAUGGCAGACUCCACUGUCAUUGAGGCAGCACUGGACUGCUUAGGCGUCACGCGAUGCCUUCGGGGUUUCAUCUUUCCCUUCCUGGUGGGCCGAAGCUUCAGAGUGCGUGUAGGGAAGGUGCUCAGUGAUACCAAAGACAUCACUUAUGGCGUCCCUUUAGCAUCAGUGCUGAGCCCCUUCCUCUUCAGCCAGGCUCUGGCAGAACUCACGGUAGCACUACUGGCUGACACCCGCUACCAUUUCCGCUGCGCUAUAUAUGCAGAUGACGUGGUGCUAUGGGUCCGAGGACCCAGGAGAAGCAUCGCUGCCAUCCGGGGCUCACUACAGAGAACCCUGGAAGCUGUCAUGACCUUCCUCGGUGGCAUUGGCCUGUCUGUGUCCCCGGCAAAGACAGAGGCACUACUUGUACACCCGCUGGCAUCUGCACGCCACUACGUGAAGCAGCUGCGGAUUGCAAACACCACAGUCCCCUGGAAGUGGGAGGUCACCUAUUUGGGACUAACCAUCGAUAACAGACUCUCCUGGAUCCCUGCUGCCAAGACUGUCACCACCAAAGUCCGCAGAGUCCAGGGGUAG